AGGGAAGAAUCGCUGGAGGUGCAAGUCUCCCAAGGAAGUUGAUGCAUGGUUUGCCGCGUUGCAUCGUCCUUUGCACCGCACUUAGCGUUGCUGAAUCUUUGGGAAGAGUCAUCCCUAGGGGCGCCUCCCCGCUUCAGAGCAUGGCGAAACCAUCAGUACCGUUAUCUAUCACUUCCACUGGCCCCACAAGCACGGUGCGACCAGUGUUGUUCUUUGUGCACGGCUGGCCAGAUGAUGCGAGCGUCUGGCGUGCGCAGGUCGAAUACUUCAAAACGAAGUAUCACUGUAAGUGCGUCACCAUGCCGCACUUCGGCGGAAGAGAGAUGUCCUUCCGCCUUGGGCAUCGGGAGGAGGGCUACAAUUUCUACGAGCUUGCAGACAUCUUGGCCGAGAACAUUCGAUCGGAGUGCAGGACACCUGUGAUCCUGAUAUUACACGACUGGGGCUGCAUCUGGGGAUUCCUAAUGCAGGCUCGAUAUCCAGGCUUGGUCAAAAGCAUCGUUGCUUUGGAUGUUGGUCAACCCUCCUGCGUGACAGGCCUCGACAAAGCACUCGGGGCAUUCUUUGCAUAUCAGUUCCUGCCUUUGGCCGCCUUCUUCAUCAUACGAGCUACGGCUCGCCUUGGACCGACGCUUCGCGACUGGGGCCGCUGGGUGGCGGACGGCGCGAUCCGCGGCUUCAUCUGGCUGGCGGGGCAUGGCAGCCGAAGCAUCACGGCGGAUGCAUCCUAUCCAUACUUUCACUACCUGAAAGGCCAAGGAUUUCGAGAUGCGCCAAAAGUGUCUUCAGGUGCCACCCUGCCGACCGUGCCAUCCUGUCCCUGUCUUUUCAUGUAUGCCAAACGGAAGCCUUUCAUGUUCCACAGCAAGGCUUGGGCAGAACAUUUGAAGAAGCGUUCAGACUGCCAUGUGAUUCCCGUGAACGCAGGCAUGAAGGGUCAUUGGCUGCAGGUGGAAAAAGCCCAAGAAGUGAACGAAGCGAUCGAGAAGUGGUUAAAAGCAUCAGCCUGGCGUAGCCUGUUGGGUCUGGCAAGGCCAAAGAAGUUGGUCGGAAAGUCGCCUUUCUUCCGUGCCGCAGGGAGUGGUGCGGCAGGUCCCAAAGAUGUGUCCAAGCUCUUUGAAGAGAUCGAUACGGACGGCGAUGGCCAGCUAAGCAGGGAGGACCUAUUGCCUUACCUUCGGGACUAUUUGGGUUUUGGUCAUGCAGAAGUCUUGAACUUUCUGGAGGCGCAUCGCAGCUCGAACUCAGGGGUGGACCUGGCUGACUUUAAGCGCGGGCUCGAAGAGCUGAAUCCCUAUGCGGUACACAAUCGGGAUCACAAGCUGAUCGUGCGAAAACCGCACGCUUUUGGCGGCAUCGAAGGGGUGGACUUCCACUUGGAGGACUGCACUGGGUGCACAUGUCUCAUUUGCGACAGAUCAGAGGAGUUCAAAGUCGACGCCUUGACGAACUGUCGCGUGCUCAUCGGGCCAUGUAGCUCUUCCACCUUCAUUCGAAACUGUGAAAACUGUACCUUUUGGGUGGCUACCAAACAGUUUCGCGUCAGAGACUGUUCUCACUGCACCUUCUAUUUGCAUUGCCACACCGAGCCGGUGAUCGAAGCGUCGAAGGAUUUACGCAUUGCGCCGUUUCAUGCCACGUAUCCGGGCUUGAAGAAACAAUUCCAAGACGCCGGCUUCGAAGCGAAGCUGAACUUUUGGAAUGCGGUCUAUGAUUUCACGGGAAACAGCAAACAUGCCAACUGGAGUAUUCCAGCCCUGGAUGAGUGCGAAAAGCUGGUCGUGACCUUUGAAGGUUCGGACGAAAUACCAGAAGAAGCCACACCAGAGCUUACUCAGGAGCUGCUGGUGGCAGAUCCCUUGGAGAGCAGUGAAUCGCAUGGGCAGUCAGUGGCCAGCGUGCCGCAAACAAGGCCUCAAGCGCCCGCGAGUCCCAGCCCCAAACGACUGCGGCGGUGCAUCUCGGAUGCGGCACAGGAGAUCAGUGGUCGCUUGGAGGCUGUGAUGCUCUCGGAGCGUGAGGUGACGCACAGCAAAAUGCUUCCGAAGAGGGGAGAAGAGGUGCAGAGGCCGGAAAAGAAGGCGGACACGGUCGAGGAGGUGGAGAUUCUCGACAUGGAUGAGAACUUGGAGAGGCCCCAACAGGCCAAAGACCUGGCUUUAGGUCCGACAGGUUCUUGCACUGGAUGCCUUGGUUCCUCGAAGGCUCGCGCGGCUGCUUGGUCUACACCAGGUGCGGGCGAGCCGCCAAAUCGUUCCCGGCCACUUGGGGGCUUGAGGCGCAGCCACAAAUGGCAACCCAUGUAA